AUGAGUGGCGAGCUCACCGGCUUCUUCUAUGGCACGCUGAUGGCCCCCGAGGUCUUCUUCAGCGUGUGCUACGGCACCAAGUCCCCUCCGGCGGCGGUGCAGGCGCUGCACGCCUUUGUCCCCGCGGUGCUCGCCGGGUUCUGCCGGCACCGGGUGCGGGCCGCCGACUACCCGGGCAUCGUGUCGGCAGCGGGCGGGUCGGUGCGCGGCGUGUACGUGACGGGCCUGACGACGGCCAACAUGCAGAAGCUGGACGACUACGAGGGGUCCGAGUACCGGCUGGAGACGGUCCGGGUGCGGCUUGAUGACGACGAGGCGGCGGAGCGGGAGACGAGGACGUACGUGUUUCUGCACCCCAAGGAGCUCGAGGCGCGCGAGUGGGACUUUGAGGAGUUCAAGAGGGACCGCAUGAAGCUGUGGACGAGGAACGGGUACUGCGAGGGGGACAUGAAGGAAUGGGUGCAGUGA